AUGGAAAAUCUCACUAUCGCGGAACCGCCUCAUCAGGGAGGAGGCGGCAUGACGGCGGCAGUGCCGCCGCCUGCGCAGCUGCCGCCGCAAAUGUUUACGACGGCGGCUCAGCUGCUCGAUCUGACGGAUAGGCUGUGGUGUGCGAUUGCAGAGAAGCUGAUGGUGGUGCUGCGCGACGGGCGCAAGCUCGUCGGCGUGUUGCGAAGCUGGGAUCAAUUCGCCAACAUUGUGCUGCAAUCUACCACGGAGCGCAUCUUUGCCCUACAACCCCCUUCACCACCACCCACCGAGGCCGCGGACAGCGAGACGACAGCGGCUGCGACAGCGACGACGACGCCACGGGGACUGUACGCCGACAUCUUUCACGGCAUUUUUCUCGUGCGCGGCGAAAACGUACUGCUGCUUGGCGAGAUGGACCUCGACCGUGACGACAUUCCCCCGCGGGGCUAUGAGCAGGGCGAGCUGGCGCUAGUGCGGCGCCUCGCGGAGGAGAGCAAGGCGAGGGAGAAGAGCCGUGACAAGGCGAGGGCGAGGAAGCUGGCGAGGCUCGGCUUUGAGGGUGAUGCAGCGGGCGAGAUUGUGCUUCUGUGA